UGAUUCCCUAUAGGCAAGUCUUCCUCAAUGUUUCCCUAUGGGCAAGUAUUCCCCAAUAUUUCCCUAUAGGCAAUAUGAUUCUCUAUGGAUAAGUAUUCUCCAGUGUUUCCCUAUGGGCAAAUAAUUCCCAAUGUACAGUAUCUCUAUGGGCAAGUAUUCCCCAAUGUUUCCCUAUGGGCAAGUAUGGUUUCCCUGUGAGGAAGAACUGUCAUUUGUUUUAGUACAUCCCGUAAAAUGGAGGACGUCUGGGAAUUCCUCCUGGACAGGAAAGGUGGAAAUGGAGGAAAGGAGGACCUCUGGUCACCCUGUACAUAUUUCUAAAUUUGCACCAGUGAAGCCCUACAGACUUUGGAGAGAUGGACCUGCCUCUGGGGGUCCCUCCCGUCCAGCCUCAACCAGAGAUUCCCCAGCUCCCUUCUUCCACCCAAGUCUGUGAACUGCGUACAGCUGUAUCUUCCUUUGCCGAGGAGACCGUCUCCCUUCUUUCAGCCAAUGGUCUUCUCAACCACUCCUUACUGAGAACAUCAGGUGGCACUGGGAACCAGCCAAGGGAGCCUGGGGUAACAUCAACCAUGGCCCGGCGCAAGCGGGAGUUCACCCCGGAUGAGAAGAAGGACGAUGGUUACUGGGACAAGAGGAAGAAGAACAACGAAGCGGCCAAGCGCUCCCGGGAGAAGCGAAGAGUCAGUGAUUUGGCCCUGGAGAGCCGGGUGCUGGCACUGUUGGAGGAGAAUGCCCGCCUCAAGGCUGAGUUGCUGGCCCUCAAAUUCCGUUUUGGUUUGAUUCGGGACCCAACAGAGUCUUCCCGGCCAGUGGUGGCUCUUGGCCCUGUCCCAGAAGUCCCCCGGCCAACCCCCACACCCCAGCACUACCCAGUGGCUCCUGAUCCACCACGCUAUGCUUGCCCCUUCCGUCCAGAGCCUGCCACCAGCUCUGAGGAUUCUGGGUUCUCCACUCCCGGCAGCUCUAAUAUGGGGAGCCCUGUCUUUUUUGAGGAGCGAGACAGGGCGGAGGAAGGAAUGGUUUACGAAGGGAAUUGCUUGGUGCCAGACACUCCUGGUGAGGGAUCUGAUUUGGGCCGAGCCAGUCGUUAUGACUCUGGGGAGGGCAUCAAAGGUCUCCCCCACAAGCUGCGUUUCAAAAUGGCUGUAGGAGCAGAGGAGGUCGCUGGGGAACCCUCCGGACAUUAUCCACCAUCCCCACCGAUAGGAGCCUGGAGAGGGCCAGCCACCCGGGAGGAGCAGAGGAACAUAGGAGUACCUGGCAGUGCCAUGGCAUUUGACGGCUGCUGUGAAACUGAGACCCCUGGUGCUCAGUUGCCAACUCUCCAGGGGUCCCAGUACCAGACAGAGAACAGCACCCUGAGGAGUCAGCUCGCCUCACUUUCGGCCGAAGUGGCCCAGCUCAAAAAGCUCUUCUCUGAACAGAUCCUAAUCAAGAUGAACUGAAUGGACAGGGGAAGCAAGGAUAAAUUAGUUUAUAGGUUGCUUUUAAUGGGUUGCUUUCUUUCUUUAUCCCCACUCUCUAAUUGUCAAGCUCUGUAUGUGUAUAUAUUUGUACAUAAUGUGGUCCGUUUUCUUCUGUUUCCUUUAAUUAAAGCUCCUUCCUUGAGAAUAUGUGCCCUUCAUCACUAUGAACCCCUACUUCCAGCAGCUCUCAAACUUUCUACAUUCAGUUAAUCUAUUUUCUACCUGAACAUCUCUGUCACAAAACCUGUCUGUUUCUUAAGAAGAUUCCAGUAGGCCACUGAAGUUGGGGAUGCAGUUUACAUGGUUCAGAUGGGGUCCAGGAUACUCCUGACAGGCUAUAGAGGAUGAUAGUUUAUGGACAUUGUCUGCCAGGUACCAAAAUGAUUUGGUACUUGAGGAAAAGGACAAAAUGGCCCACCCCAUUCAAUGUACCAACGUAAAAUGGACUGGCAGCAGUGGUGUCACUAGGGAGUUGCAGGGGGUGCAGAUUGCACUUCUGUAGGCUUUUCCACGGUGGGGAAGGAGAGGGUUGAGCGUGCCUCUCCCAACUUUGCUGUGCUGGCAGAGGCCUCCUCCCAAGGAGACCUCCGCUGCCAUGGCAAAGGAGAGGGCUCAGUUCACCCUUUUGGCUGCUGCCACCAACCUACCCUUGGCAGUGCCCUCAUGCACUGGUGGACACCAGCGGUGAGGGCGUCAUUGAUUGGCAGUUUAAUUUUACUCCAACAUGGAAGAUGGGACAGUCUCCUUCACAGAACAUAAUUUACAGUGUGUAAAAUAGACCCUGAGACCCUGAGAGUGACCUCGGGGACUCAACUUGAGACCAGGGUUCAAUUCCCAGCUCAGCCAUGGAAUCUCACUGGCUGACCUUGGGCAAGCCUCAGCCUCUCAGCCUCAGGGAAAGUCAAUAGCAUGAUAGGGUUGCCUUAGAGUCACCAUAAGUUGGAAAUGAAUUGAAGGUAUACAACAAGAACAACAGCAACAAAGAACAGGUCCUAUGGCACAUGCAGCUCUGUUCUUUAAUGGGAAUAGUUAGAAGAACAUGGCUGCUGACGCCUACCAUCUCGGCCUUUUGAGGCAGUUGCCUGACUGCCUCAUGGUAGGGCUGGUCAUUGCUGGUCAUCUUUUCUCUGAGGCUGAGUUUCUGAGUAUCUCCAAACCAGAGCUCAGAAGCCACUAUCCUUUUCAGGCGUAAACAAUAUCAGCAGUCUUAGUUAUAUAUUUUUUUCUCCAAUGAGUCAAACUAACCCCCACUUUGCAGUACCAGUCAGUGGAGAACAGUUUGUCUUCCUCAGUCAGAACAGUGAACCCCAGUUUACUUUGUAUAGGCUCCCUCUCCCCACUUAGUUCUGAUUUUAUUAUGUUUGGCUAGGUUGGAAAACUGAAUUAGAUUAGGGUGACCACACAGAUGUUUGUAGGAGUUAAAGAUAGAACUAGGAAGAAUAACUUUUUUGGGGGGGGGGGUAUACUUCCCAGGAUUCACAAGCAAGUAUGGCCAGUAGUCAGAGUGGCUGGUGAAUUCGGAGUCUUAGUCGGAAGAAGAGGAAGGAGAACUUCAAGCUCUGCUCCCUCUCAAUGAUAUGCAGGCCAAAGAACUGACAUGGUGGAGGGAGAGGAAAUAAAAGAAAAAGAACUGGUAGAGCAGUGACCUUUUCACAUCAAACCAUUAUGGCACUAGGGCUGCAUCUGCAUUGCAGAAAUAAUCUGGUUUGACACCACUUUAACUGCCAUGGUUCAAUGCUAUGGAAUUCCAGGACCUGUAGUUGUGGCACUGGUGACAGUUGUGUGUUCCUUACACCUUCACUGCCUCCCAUUGUCAUGACACCUUGCUCAGUGCUUCAUGUCUGGGUCUUAGACUUUCCUAGAAGGCAAACCUUCCCACCAUCCAAGAGGUUUGGGAGCUUGCUGUGAAUACUCUGUAGUGGGUGAAAGGCACUUUGCAUAUGCUCCAACAUACUCUCUUUUUUUUCCAGUAUUUGAUAUGUUCCACUGUGAAAUCUUGGCAUUGAAAAUAUUCAGCUGCAGAUUUUUAUUUUUUUUAGUUCAUUGAUGAUCUGCCUUUUAAUCUAAUAAUUUCAUUGAUUUUAAAUAAAUUUGUGUAUUAGUAUAUCCUCUGGAUGGAUUCAUAUUUUUUUUGAAGAAUGGCCAGUUUUAGUAAAUAAACUCAUUACUAGAAGGAAAUACCAUCAUUUUAUCCCUUCCUUGUUACAAAAAUUCACCAGAGUCACCAAAGCAACCCCAUGAAAUAAACAUGUAUAUUCUUGA